ACACCGGAAAUAUUUUUAUUAUUUAUUUUAAAUAGUAGUUUUUUUCCUUUUUCGUUUUUUUUUCUUUUAUUAUCGUUUAAGAUAAAAGGUCACUGAUGACUAAUCGCAUAUUUCGUCUUAAAAGACGCCAUGGGGAAUGACCAAGACUUCAAGUGAUAACAUUAGUGUAUAUAAAUAAAUAUAUCAGUAAAUAGCUUACAUAAAUGAAUUGACGAGUUUCGAAGAGUCAGUUCUCUGUCAACAGCGACAAUGAUCUUUUCGAAAAAUAGUUUAUGUUAUAUUACAACUUUUGUCGUGAUUAUUUUAAUUAUCAAUAAUGAAAUCAGUCAAGUUCAAGGAUCUCCUAAAAGUUUUGGAAGAUCUCGAGUAAGUUCCCGUUGGUUUGGUAAGUCACAUUCUAGUGGUGGUUCACGUUCGAGUGGUGGUUCUCGUCCAAGUAGUAGUUCUCGUCCAAGUGGUAGUUCACGUCCAAGUGGUAGUUCACAUUCACCACCAGCAUACAGUCCUCCAGUUUAUAAACCUUCACCACCAGCAUACAGUCCUCCAGCUUAUAAACCUUCACCACCAGCAUACAGUCCUCCAGCAUACAAACCUUCGCCACCAGUAUACAGUCCACCGGCUACUCAUAAUGAUCAUCCAGUAAAUCGUCCAGCACCUUCAGCACCAGCUAUUCCUAAAGCUCCACCGCCAGCUCCAUUAAAUCCUAAGGACAGCAGUGGCAUGUUAAUUAAUCAUGAGAGCAGAGGUACUUCUCAUCCAAGUACAAACCCAAUCGGCCACCCCAAUUCAGAGACAAUUCACAAAGUCAAUGUACCAACAUCUCAUAACGCACCUUCAGGAACACCAACAAAUUAUCCCCCUUGGGCAAACCCAUCUUUGAAACCUUCAGGUCCACCCCCACCACCAGUGAUUCCAACUUUACCAAAACCUCCAGCUCCUUAUCCCCCUGCACCGAAUCCAAUUAAACCUCCGACUUCAACGGGAUUUCAACCACAGCCCAUAGUUCCAAAAGUUGUGUCGCCAAAUUCAUCAAAACCUCCAGCUCCUUAUCCAACAGGUCAUCCGGUCGACAUGCCUCGACCAAACACUCCUAUUGGUUUCAACCCAAACUCAAAUCCCAUCGCGCCACCGUAUCAGGCUCCAAAAUUAGGAAGUACUCCUAGCCAUCCAAGUUAUACAAAUAAUUACCAUCCGCCUCCAGUUUACGGAUCACCUCCCGGAAGUUAUGGAGGAUACGCUCCGCCUCCUCCAUAUUCAGGUCCUAGUUAUCACCCACUAGCUGGACAACCUCCUAAUUAUCAUCCAGCGGUUCCAGGUCAGCCGACUUACUUACACCCCCCAGUUUACGGUGGCGUGAGUUCUCAGCCAUUUGUACCCGGGCAAAGUGUCAUUGUACUACCGGGCAAAUCAAGCAGCCCUGGACUAGGACAGAUGGUCAAAGAAGCUCUAGUUUACUCGACUAUUAAUGCUGGAGUAAACGCUGGUGUCAACAGACUCAUCUACGGAGCACCGCCGCAUUAUCAUCACUAUGGAACUGAUACUCGUUACUCUGGAUCUCAGUCAUCAGUUACCAAUAACACCACCAUCAUUUACAAUAAUGGUGUUCCUGUCACUGGACCAAUAGGCGGAAGUCCCAAUCCAGGAACUUAUGUUCCUAAUUAUUCGACUAAUCAACCAAAUUACGGUUCCAGUAUUCCAAAUUAUUCAAUUAAUCAACCAAAUUACGGUUCCAGUAUUCCUCCCACGCCUAAUGAUCCAGGUAACAUUUAUCUGAACACACCUAAUCCAGGAACUAGUACCAACAACAAUAAUAAUAAUAUUCCUGUAAACUUUCCACCGAAAUUCGGUGGAUCCGGAAACUCAAGUAAUUACGGCAAUACAACAUAUGUACAAAAUAAUUCAACGGUUCCUACUAAUUUUUCAAACAACUUGUAUCCAAAUCUCGGUAAUUUUUCGGAAAAUUCUAACAUUACGCAGAACAUUUCAAAUGUUGCUCCACCUCCAGUGAUACCGGAAAUAGAGUACUGGAUUAGUGAUAAUGAAUUGUUAAAUUUGACUGAGCAUCUAUUCAUGAAAGAUAAAAUGAAUAAGUUACCAAAGACAUACGUUCUUAAUUUCCAAAAAAAAAUAUCUAACUAUUCAAAUGUAAUAGACGAAACAAACCAACCAUUGUUGUAUGUCAAUAAAGAAACCUACGCAUACAAGACCGUCCAAUUGCUUCGCGAGCUCUAUGAUAAUUAUCAGAUAAAUUCAACAAACAAGGAAAAUAUAACGAAAACUACAAGAAAAAUGGAAAGCACUUUUAUAAAUGCAAUCUCUGAUACAGAAGUUAUGAAAUCGACUAUUAAAUGGUUGCAAGAAAAAUAUUAUGUAGAUCCAGAUGAUUAUGAGGUCAAGGAUACGUUGCGUCAUAUCUGGUUGAGUAGAAUCGAUAAGUCAACCUCGGGAUUUGAGAGAAUUUUUAUGGCCGAGAUGUAUGAAGGCCCUACGAUAAUUGGCGGUCAAAAUUGGAUUUAUUAUGAUUAUCAAGAGUACCAAAAAAAUUUUAAUUAUUUGUCAUUUGUUGAUAAAAUUGAUCUGAGUGCUAAUGCAGCCAUUGUCAAAAUUAACAUAGAAUUAUUUGGUAUAGUGAAGCCCAAUGCUACGAUGUUGUUUGGAACUUCACCGGAGUUAGAAAUGGCACUAUAUACUAUUUGCUUCUACGCACGACCGAAUGAUAUUUGUCCUGUAUCUUUAGGUGGAAUCGUAUUUCAUUUAUACACUCACAAUUUCCAUUACUUCGGCAAAGAUUUAAUAGAUCUUGGUUUUGUUAUAUUUUAAAUAUCAUGACUGUAAAAUAUAAUUCACGCCAGGGCACAAAUGUCAAUAAAACAUUCACAUAAACUGAAAAAAUUAA